CUCCAUAAAAGAAGAAGAUGAACAUCUCACAAAAAACAAGCAUGGCUGGGAAUGUGAGCGGCGCAGCGGGACCAAUAAGUUCUCUGUCUAAGCUUCAGUCUUUAAAUGGAUUGUUCGCCAUAUAUAAGAAACAAGGGCCGACAUCUGCUGAUGUGUUAAACAAGUUCAAAGAUACGUUGCUCAGAGAGGCGGGAGUGCAGUACCCAAACAGCAGAAAGAGGAAGAAGCAGUAUCUGAAGUUAGGCCACGGAGGGACCCUGGACAGCGCUGCCAGCGGAGUCUUGGUUGUCGGUAUUGGGAACGGGACAAAAAUGCUCAGCACGAUGUUGACUGGUUCAAAGAUUUUGUUUGUGUGUAUUCUAAUUAUAUCUUUGAAGAAAUACAUGGCUGUGGGAGAACUGGGAAAAGCAACAGAUACUCUUGAUGCCACUGGAACGGUGAUUAUGGAGAAAGUGUUUGAGCACAUAACCAGGCUGGACAUGGAGGAGAAGUUAAAAGCUUUUACUGGGGACAUUAUGCAGGUUCCUCCACUCUUCUCCGCCCUGAAGAAAGACGGCCAGCGUCUGUCUGUGUUGUUGAAGAAAGGUCACCAGGUGGAGGCCAAACCUGCACGGCCUGUCACCGUGCACAGCCUGACACUGCAGGAGUUCAAACCUCCUCUCUUCACUCUCGAUAUUGAAUGCGGUGGAGGGUUUUAUGUCAGAAGCCUGGUGGACGACCUGGGGAAAGCUCUGUCGUCGUGUGCUCAUGUGAAGGAGUUGGUCAGGACGAAGCAGGGCCAGUUCACCCUGCAGGAUCACGUGUUGCAUGAGGAGCAGUGGACACUGCAGAGCGUCGUUGGGGCGCUGCAGCCCUGCCCAGAGGAGGACCAGAGGACGGACUCUCCCAGAUCCCCACAGAACGCUACCUAACACUUGGCAGCGGGCUAAAGGAAGAGCUGUUUGGUGCCAUCCUCUACCUGCUUUGUCCUCCAGAGAGAAGAUCAGCUGUAAACAUAUGAGAUUGUUUGGUUUGUUUAGUGACUGGUGGCAGAAAACUGACUGAUGGUAAAACCAUCAUCGUUCUCCUGGAGGUCAGUGGACUAGUCUGAACUGGACUGUCUCUGCUCUUUAUGGUUGGUUAAAUAUAAUUAUUGCUUUUGUUGAAGGUACAGUUUAAAUUUUAUGAAAAAAUUUAAUAAAUUAUGUAAAUAUGUAAAAAAAAUUUUUUUUACAUAUUUGUUAAAACUGUCACCAUGGAGUGACAGUUUGAGAUAAUCUGAAAGAUGGAUCUCCACUUCCACCCUGAGCCAUUAUUGACCUGCAGAAAUGCACCGUUCCUGACCAAAAACAACCAAUCAGCGCCAGGAUGCAGGUCUUGGCCCUAUCAAUGAAUAUCAUGCACUUACUGAUCAGUACACUAAUGGUGGAGAAAUGACUUUACCUGCCACACAGUGCCACAUGAAAUUGUGAUUGAGAGCAGUAAGACCCUCCUGACUCUGAUUGGUUUUUGGGUUGUGUUUUUUUUGUCUCAUGUUGCCAUGACAUGGUGACAGUUUCUACAAAUAUUAGAAACUUGGAGCCUUAGGGACCAUUGUCCUCAUUGAACCUUUUCAUUUCACAGCAUGUUUCAAAUUAAGUUUAUGGACUGUCUUGCUGUAAUAAAUGUCUCCACAGGAGGUCCACACUGGGCCUUGUUUUUUUGUGUGUCCUGGUUGAAUGUCUGCAGGUUCAGACCUCCAGCAUCCUUCCUCAAGAUAAUCCUGACCAUCUUCUCAUUCUGGACCCUGGAAUUAGCUUAUCUUAUCUUCAGGUUUCCUCCUUUUUGUGUUCAAGGAUUGGUUUUUUAUUAUUAUUCUUUCUUUCCAUUUGUACAUGGACAGUUUCUCUCCUAAUUGAACCUCUGCGUGUGUGUGUGUUAUCCAGCUUUAAACUGCAACAUAAUAUCCAAUGUGACAUACAAGUAAUGAAAGAAAAAAUAAGAGCAAAUUGAAGAAAACGAUGGGCACAGAAUCAGAUAUUAGUUUAAAGUAUGUCCUGGAGAAUCUACCCUGAUUGCACUAUCGCUAAACAAGAUAUAUUCAUGAUUAUUGAUUUUUAUUAUUGAACAGCUACAAAGUUCUGUCAAUGUGAAAUGUUUAGAAAGAUCAGGCAUGAAUAUUUAAGACGGUGAAAGUGACUUUCCAGGUUUCCUGGUGGAAUAUCUGAGUAUGUGAGCACAAUUGUUACACAGAUGCAUAAAAAACUGAAAAAAUCCCA